ACAACUCCCUACUAGUAUCUACCACGGUCCACCUAAGAAAUCUGAGGAUGGCGCAGGGCAGCGAGCUGUACGCAGUAGCAGACUUCUGUCUUAUACCGAUGGGAACCGGCGAACCAUCAGUCGCUGAAUACAUCGCAGAAUGUCAGCGGAUCCUAGAGAAGAGUGGCCUUCAUUUCAAGAUGCACGGCUACGGCACAAAUCUAGAAGGACCUUGGUCGGCCGUUUGCAAAGCCAUUGGCGACUGUCACGCUGCCGUGCAUGCUAAGGGUGCCCCGCGGAUCGCCACCGAUAUCCGUAUCGGCACCCGAGUCGACAAGGAUAUUGCGCCCGGGACAGGGAACGACAGUAAAGUUGCGAGGGUCAGGGAGAUCCUCGAGAAGGACACAAAGUAAAGCCAGUAAAUGCAUAUACGUCGAAAGGGAGCUAUUUUGUUAUGAAUGUAGAAUUUGCUGAAUUAUGAUAGAUGUGGGCUGUGUACAUUCCACUUCGUAUGCAGUGUAAGUCUCGCUUUCAUAUUUCUGGAGACCCAC